ACACACACGCAGCGCGCGCGCUCGUUCCGGCCAAUCGAUCCGCUGGCUGGUGAUGGCGACGGAGGGUCCCGGAUCGCCCAGCGCCCAGGCCAGCUGCGGGAAGUUGCCGCGACGACUGAACGCAGCGAGCCGAGCCAUCGCGCCGCAGGGCAGGGCGCCGCGCGGGGAGGCCCUACGAUGAGAGCUGCGGCCGCCGGCGGACGCGGGCCGGGCGGAAGCAGGCGGCGGGUCGCGCUGAUCCAUCGGCCAGCACCACCGACACCCGAGGCGGAGGCGAUGGCGCCUUAAGCCAUGGACUUGAGGUUCCCCGCGGUGGGUGCCUCGUCGCCGCUGGGCGCACCAUCGACGGCCCUGCUGCGCUCGCUGGAGCGGCGGCCAGGUCCCAGCGCGCUGCACGGUGGCGCCCCUCCGGGCCCGGCUGAGCCGGCGGCGCCCGACGAGUCCGAGGACCGGCGCAGCUCGCCGCAAAUCGCGGCCAGCGGCUUCUGCUUCCUGGCAGCGCUCUGUUGCUCGGCGGGCGGUUUCUGGGCGUCGGCGGCCGCCACGCGCCUCCUGGGCGUCGUCUUCCUGGUGGUGGGUGCAGCCGCCGUUCUCGCCGCCAUCCUGUUCGUGCCGGCCGGCCGCGACGGCAAGCUGCCCGUGCAUCGGCGCGCACUGCCGCUUCUGCUGGCACUGGUGCUGUGGGCCGUGGCCGCCUGGAUCAUAUUCCUGGUGGCGCAGAGCAGUGUUCACGGCAAGGGCGUGCUGGCCGCCGUUGCCGCCUUCCUGCUGCUCUUCUCGCUCGUGCUGCUGCGCGUCGUGUGCCGCCGCUGCCGGCACGGGCGGCGGCCGCUCAAGGACGCCGAGGACGCGGUGCAGCUCGAGGACUUCCACCAUGUGAACACGCAGGUGCGAGACACGCUGCGCUUCGGCCAAUUGCGCGCUGACCCGGCCUUCGGUCCAGCGGUCGCCGAAAGCCGACCCCCCGUGGUGCCCACGGCGCCGCCGGAGACGCCGCCGCAGGCGUCGGCCAGUUUCUCCACGUUCGUGCGCGAGCCACCCUCGGCGCCCGCGGAGCCGCCGCCCUACGACGGCUUCCCGCCGGACGGCAGCCGCUGCCGGACCCCGCCGCCGCCCUACUCCACGCUUGUCUAGGGCGCGGCCAGUAACAACAGGGCACGGACCUGCGUGCGCCCAGCGUGUGUUGUGCGUGCACUGACUGGUGCAGGGCCCGAGCGGGUAGGGCGGCGGGAGGGCCGCCGCCUGCCCCCGCUAGCGUGGAACGCCCGAGGCGUACCCGACCCAGGUCGGCACAGCAGGUUUCGGCCGUUCCACAAGUGCACGCGGUACGCGUGCUUUUAAACUGGCUUCACGACAAGUUGUAUGAGAGAGAAGAAAGUCUUUUGCUCUGUACCUGCCGAGUGAACGCCGUCGCCACGACAGGAGCUUUCUGCUGAAAGGCUCGUCGCACCACACGCGAACCGUCUAGAAACGUUAAACUGAAUGUCGAUCGUCAAAAUAGUUUCAAGUAAAAUCCGAAGACAUCUUUUUUAUGCCACAGACGAAAGGCAUUGAACAAAGCAGAAAGUCAGUAAUACUUACGUGUUUAUUACUUCGACACGGGUGCCACAGAAAGACAUGAGCACAGAAUGACACUACGAACACAAGCGCCGACUCACAACUCAAAUUUAUUCGAAAUCGACAUGACAAUAUAAACCAACACGUGGUUAAACAAACAAGUAAAAAUUAGCCAUUCAAAUACAAUCUUUUUAGUGCAAAACUCGCACAUGAUUCUUUUUUAUUAUGUAUGAGUCGUGCCUCGAUAAUCUCCUCAAUUGUCUGAUUAUGAUGCCUGGCGACAUGAACCUGGUAGAACUCAGGUGUGCAGUCGCGCGCCUCGCAAUUCUAUGGCGCCGUGUCGAAGAAACUAACCCUUACCAACUCGCCCAACUGAAAGUUAUACUAAUAUGUGGCUGAUUUAUAGCGGUCAUGCAUACAUUAGAAUACAUGUCGACAAGGUGUCUAUAGAAGGCAGAUGAGCAAGCUUCACGUGGAGCUGCUUCAAAUAAAGCAAAGGGGCUGACGUCGAGCACUGCCCCCUAGAUUCUGAGACAACAGCUCAAUACAUCGUUAUUCAUUGAUCGAGUGCGAGUGAUUUCUUUUUUUCUAGUUUUGUCGUUCUCUUGUUUUGUACGGCACUACUUUUAAUUACUACAGCCCUUGUCAUAAUGCAGUGUUCUUAGAUUUGUUUAUGUGUACUUUCCGUGCGGAUGUGACCUCAUAAAAAAAAAAGUAGCGCUUCGAAUCGCGCCCAGGCCAACAUUGGCCAUCUCCUCCAUCUCAGUCUUCCUUCACCAUUUUCUUUUAUCUUUCUUUCCUACUCCAUUCCCUUCAGUUUCCGCAUGCCGUCCUUGUCACGAAUGGUCCACCCUUCCUUCCUGCGCGUAUUGCUUCUCCACACACAAAGUUAGCGUGCAGCAAAACACUCUUUCCAGGAAAGUUGGGAAUUUAAUGAAGAGUGGGUCAAGUGACUCUUCAGACACUGCACUCCGUCGCACACCCAUGCAGUGUAGCGAGAGCUACCAUGCCUGCUGAAGCACUGAUAAAUUCGCAACAGUAUUUAGUUGCGUGUUAGACAAUCGAGCCGCCUGCAGAAUCUGUGAACAUCCGCAGAUUCAAAGAAGGCGAGAAAUGACCGCAAGAUAUUCCACGGCCUGCUCGUCCCGCGCUCCUCGAGCUGUGUAUCGUCGCCAAGUGCAAAGGUGGCGUUGGCCAAGACUGGCACCGAUUCACAUGCAGCAUGUACAGGCUUGCUUCUCAAAAAACGCACGACACGGCCGUAGUUUCGUAGCACUGUACGGCGUGAGACGGAGUGUUCCGCCACUUAGGGCAAGAAGCACGGGCGCGUUGAGUGCGCCGACGGAAUAGAAAAAAAUAAUAAUAAGUGCGUCAAGCGAGAGAAAAGAAGGGGGACCGGACGCGGUUCAGGCACUUAAGUGAUCGCGUACCUGAAUAAACAUUUCCUAGUGUUUGCAAUUGGAAUUCCUGAAGUAGUCUGGCUCAGACCUUCGUAGUUGAGAGCGUAUGGCUGUGUAUAUUGGCCACGCCUCCUUCCAUCAUCGCACCGCUUUCUCCUUUCAGUCACACAGGCCUCUUCCCCAAUUCCCCGCCUUUCGCAAACUAGCAACACCUCACACACUCCCCCCCAUUUGGCGCUACUCCAGUUUAUUCCCCUUACCUUUCGUACGUUUCCCUUUACGCACACUAGAUUCCUAGCAUGAGCGGGCGUGCUGAUGAGCAAUGCAUAUGGUCGGAAUUGUUCCUUCCCUCUCUCACCUCCUCCUCCAACACACACACAAUUCCUGUCUUCUGUUCUUUUCUGUUCGCUUACGACCGCGACUUGUAGAGUGUUUUCGUCAUUCCGAGCAUCUCAAUGCGCACCCCUGAAGUUUUCGUACACACUCUAAAAACGCAGACAUUCCUCUACAGUGUAUGAAAAAAUCAAUAAGAAAUAAUGGUUUUCUGAACUGGUGUUACGAUAUAUUUCCC